CCGCUGGCCCUCUAAAAACGGAACAGAACAGCAAGUGCGAGACCACACAUUCCAGCCUGGCUCGCAGAUUCCACCAGCUGUCAAGCCAGGGUGAAGGAUCAGUGGCCAGGCAGAGGUCUGUGGAGCAGGGAGACAAGGCCCCGUCAGGAACUCCGAGAUGUGAGUUCCAAUGAAUUGGCCCAUGAAGGAAAAACAGGAACACAUUGGGCCACACUGGACGAGAAUGGCACCACCUUCCAGACGCUGCCUCCUUCUGAUCGGUGCCCUGGGCGUCUUUGCAUUUGACCGCUUCACACAAGGUCAAAAGAACAGCACACUAAUUUUCACAAAGGAAAACACCAUCCGGAACUGCAGCUGCUCUGCAGACAUCCGGGACUGUGAUUACAGUUUGGCCAACCUGAUGUGCAGCUGUAAAACUGUCCUGCCUUUUGCAAUAGAGAGAACCAGCUACCACGGCCAUCUGACCAUCUGGUUCACAGACACAACUGCGCUGGGCCGCCUGUUGAACUUCACACUAGUCCGGGACCUGAAGCUUUCCCUGUGCAGUUCCAACACCCUCCCCACUGAGUACUUGGCUAUUUGUGGGCUGGAGAGACUUCGCAUCAACUCAGAAGCCAAGCAUCCAUCCCCAGAGCAGAGUUUACACAUCCAUAGUGGUGGGGACAGCAACUCCAAAGAGAAGCCAGUGUCAUUACACAAGGGCUGGCAGACAUGUAUGUAUAUAUCAUUCUUAGAUAUGGCUCUUUUCAACAGAGACUCAUCCUUAAAAUCAUAUAGUAUCGAAAACGUUGCUAGCAUUGCCAACAACUUUCCUGACUUUUCUUACUUUAAAACCUUCCCAAUGUCAAGCAACAAAAGCUCUGUGGUCACAGUCAUUUACUAACUUUGUCAUUGUGUCCAACCUCUAGGAACUUCGACAAAUGAUGGAUCAUUUGAACAAGGAGUCUGGGAAUAAAGUCAUGAGACAGCUAUUCCUACUCAUAGCUGUGCCUUUUAACCCCCAAACUCUUCUCAUGGCAGAGCCACAUAAAUAACCAGCUCUCUCUGCUCUGCUCCAUGCUCAGCCUUGGCAGCUAUUUUGAAAAAGAAAGUGAAAAGAAACAACAACAAAAAAAUGAACUUGAUUCAGUCUGGAGACUUGUCUCAAGGGCCAGUUAGAACCUAGGUCUUGGCAACUGGGAGCUUGUCAGACCAGAAGAGAAGAAAGCAGUGCACACCGGAAACAGCUUAUUGGGGCUCAUUAUAGAGUAAGACAUCCCCCACCCCCACAGAAAGGCAUCUUCUUUUAAAAUACAAUAGUCACCCUUUAUCUGUGGGGGAACACAUUCCAAGACCGACCCCCCAGUGGACGCCUGAAACUGCAGAUAGCACUAAGCCCUACCUAUACUCUUUUCUCCUACAUACACAUUCCUAUUAUAAAGUUUAAUUUAUAAAUUAUGCACACUUAUGGAUUAACUACAAUAACUAAUAAUAAAAGUAGAACAAUGAUAACAAUACACUGUAAUAAAAGUCAUGUGAAAGUG